AUGGCGGGUUCUGAAUCUACCAAAAAUUCUAUUCGACAUCAUGUUUACGCUUUGUCCAAGAUGUUUGGUGUUGAUUUAAUGUAUGAUCCGAAUGUUUAUUCAUUCGCAGAUAGGCUUGAAAAGAGCAUUGGUAGUUCGUCUGACAUUCACUAUAAUAUUCAUGAUUCAGUUUCUAGACUUUGCGAUGACAACCCACAACAAGAUGCAUUUCUACGUCGGUAUGAGGAGCUAAAGCCUAGAAAUAUCAGAGAACUCUCAGCCACUGUUUAUCUUUUAUCAAAGCUGAAGUCGGACCAAACUGUACUCAGAAAUUUAGAGAAUCCUCAUCUGACUACCAAACCUUUUUCACAGGGCAAAGUCUCGAGUGUUUCCGUUGGCGGAAAGGAUGUCACUCACCUUCAACAUGUGAAUGCCGAAUCUUGUACACUAGGAUCUAGUUCAUCUCAGCAAGUCAGAAACGAUCAUCUGCGAGUUAUGUUUGGUGCUUCGGAUGAGCUAUCGUUGUUUUCAGCAUGUGGUCCGGGCGUACAUCCCAGUUCAUUUGUUCAGGCUCCUAAGAAUACAUCUAAAAAGUUGAUUUCUAACAACUCAGUUCAACUUCCAACAUUUUCUAUUCAUCCAGAGUGGUUAUACUCACGUGAAACCCUUUGGGAUGAUUUUUUGUCGAUACCACCUAAUUCAGAAUCUUUUCAGCAACUUCCCAUCGAGUCCCUUUCAAAUGCUGUCCAAGAGUACGCUGUUGUUAGCGAUCUACUACAGUGUUUACAAGGUAACCAAGGAGUUUAUAUCAAACCUCUCCCUUUAUCGAAUCGUUACGCAGUCCGGUGUUUUAAAGUGGAUGAAAAAAUGACUCCAACUUUAUUAGACACUGUUAACAAAAUUCUCCCAAUAUGUUCGGACUAUUCGACAGUGGCCAGAUUUAUAGGUGAGAAGUCUACAUUCGAACAUGGAAUGGUCAACCAGGCACUGGCAGGUGCAAUGCGUAGUUUAAUUAAAGAUUAUCUUAUUUUGUUAUGUCAACUUGAGUACCAGUAUAAAAUUGGUCAACUGGGAAUAGUUAAACUCCACUUUUUCUUACAAGAAACAGCUACUGCUUUUAAUCAGUUAACUCGCCUUGUUAAUAAUAUAAACAUGGGACAAUGUUCUGGUGGUGCAGUGUUAUCCGUAUUGUACGAUUCUUUAAGGUCUGUGUAUGGUGUUAAACAGUUACAUGAUUUAAUGCUUUAUCUCUUGCGUUCUGCAACCGUUCCCUUCUUUAAAAUUCUUCAAAAAUGGAUAUAUCGGGGCGUGAUUUCUGACCCAUAUAAAGAGUUUUUCAUUUCAGCUGGGUCUAUGCCAAAUUUUAAUGAUCCUGGUAAAUCAUCUCCAAACAACCUUCAUUCAGCUUCACUGCAAUUCGACCGUUUCACACAGAAUUAUGUGGAUUGGGCAUUCUUUUGGGAGUGUCAUUAUUCUCUUGUAUCAAUAAAUUUACCAAGUUUUCUUGAACCUAGUGCUUCAAAAAUUCUUAGUACAGGGAAGUAUUUGAAUGUUGUACAGCAAUGCGCUGAUCGUUAUGAACUUCCUCCUUGCGAAGAACUUGUUUAUAAUAAAGAUCACUCAUUGUUUCUUGAUAAAAUUGAUCAAGCUCAUCUGUAUGCAAGCAGUUUAUUAUUGAAAUUGAUGUUGCAACAAAAGGAUUUAAAAGAACACCUAAAAUCUGUUAAACGUUUCUUUUUGUUGGAUCAGGGUGAUUUUAUUGUUCAUUUUAUGGAUGCCGCUGCAGUAGAAUUGCGUAAAAAUAGCGAAGUUAUUUCUCAACUACGAUUAAGUUCUUUAUUGGAACUGGCACUUCGUACUAGCACUGCUAAUAGUGACCCAUUCAAGGAUAAUUUAGUUGUUGUAAUAUUUCAGUUUGAUCUAAUCACUCAAAUUUUGAUGGUAUUACGUGCUGGAUCAGAAGAUGAACCAGACAACGUCUUACCAGUUGAGGAUAAAAAUCUUUCAGGAUUAGAAGCUUUCUGUUUGGACUAUAGAGUUGGCUGGCCUAUUGAUUUAGUACUCAAUCGUCAAGUAAUGGAUCGUUAUCAAAUGCUUUUCCGUCAUCUGUUAUUCUGCAAACAUGUUGAGAGGCUACUAUGCAACUCAUGGAUUCUAGGCAAACUUGCCCGUAAAUGUGAUAACCUUAUGACAACCUGGUUUACGACAGCUUUCCUACUGGCCCAGCGAAUGCUUACCUUUAUUCAACAUUUCCAAUACUACAUGUCUGUUGAGAUCAUUGAACCAGCAUGGCACAAUUUUUUCAAACGUGUUGACAAAGUAUCUAAUUUGGAUAUACUUCUAGACUCACAUCUACAUUUUUUGGAAGUAUGUAUGGAUGAUUGUCUACUUGCUAGUCCUGACCUAUUGAGUUUAGUUGGGAAAUUAUCUGUAGCCUGUGUAACGUUUGCCAAUUUUAUCCAACAUUUGGCGUUUUCUAUAACUGGAGUCAAUUUAUCAUCACCUGGAGAUAAUGAUCGAUGUAUUAUUUAUUUACCCCGACAUGGUAAUGAUAUAGAAAGACCGUUUAUACACGACCCUACACCAUCAUCAAAUUUGGGACCCACCAAAAAUGGCCUAAAAUAUGCACCUCAUGAAUCUACCACUAGUUCAGUAGAAUCUAUGAUGACAAAAGUCACUAGAGAAGAGUUUGGUCGAAUGAGCUUGUCAGAUGAUAUGGCUAAAACCGUUACGAACUUCGAUGCAAAUUUCAACAGAAUGUUAGUUGAACUGCUUGAAAAGAUUAAGCAAUACGCGAAGCAUCACAGCAAAUUACUAAGUCUAGUGUCAAGACUCGAUUUCAAUGAAUUUUACACCGAAUUCGCAAUGCGCUGUGACCAAAGCGAGCGGUCUGCUGAGUCACCUCGCGAUUAUGAACCGUCGCCAGGUAAAAAUACUCUUGUCGAACACAUAUCAGUACCACUAACAAACUCAGGAUCAGAUAAUGAGGAUUACAUUUGA